AGUCCUUCCUCCAUAACAAGUAAAAACGUCAGUCAGAGUGAGAGUGUCUCUGUAUAUGUGUAUGUGUGUGAGUGUGUGUGAAGGGAGCCACAAUCUGCUCCCACUCUCCAGUGCUUGUCUGAACUCAUGAGGCAGUACAGACCCCUUCGCGCCGAGAAACUCCAACCUCACUGGCAACCAUCACAGCAGCAACAGCAGCAGGCUGCCUGCUGUUUCCUAGGAAGAUCAUGAAACGAGGUCGACUUCCCAGCAGCAGUGAGGAUUCUGACGAUAAUGGCAGCUUGUCAACCUGGUCCCAGCAUUCUAGGCAUCGGCAGAGUUCAUGCUCCAGGCAUGAAGAUCGGAAACCAUCAGAGCUGGCAACCAGCAACCUUUCUUCUGGCCAGGAGAUCAGGGAGCUCAGCUGCUGCCACAGUCCCUGCCAGCAUCAAGUGUUCAGAACAGACCUGAUCACUGCCAUGAAGCUGCCUGACUCUUACCAGUUGAAUGCUGAUGAAUACUAUGUGUUGGCAGAUCCCUGGAGACAGGAAUGGGAGAAGGGAGUUCAGGUGCCAGUCAGUCCAGAGACCAUCCCAGAGCCAGUAGCCAGGGUUGUGUCUGAAUCAAAAGCAGUUACGUUUACAAGACCUCGGAAAUACAUCCUUUCCUCAGGAUCUGAGCCCCCCGAACUUGGUUAUGUUGACAUUCGAACGUUGGCAGAGAGUGUAUGUCGCUAUGACCUUAAUUACAUGGAUGUAGCUUGGUUGGAAUUGGCCAAUGAAGAAUUUAAAGACAUGGGAAUGCCUGAACUGGAUGAAUACACCAUGGAGAGAAUUAUGGAAGAAUUUGAACAGCGAUGCUAUGACAACAUGAAUCAUGCUAUUGAGACUGAGGAAGGACUUGGAAUCGAGUAUGAUGAAGAUGUAGUCUGUGAUGUUUGCCAAUCUCCAGAUGGGGAAGAUGGCAAUGAGAUGGUGUUCUGUGACAAAUGCAAUAUUUGUGUUCACCAGGCAUGCUAUGGAAUCCUUAAGGUUCCAGAGGGCAGUUGGUUAUGCCGAACUUGUGCCCUUGGUGUUCAACCAAAGUGUUUGUUGUGUCCCAAGAAAGGUGGAGCCAUGAAGCCAACUCGAAGUGGGACUAAGUGGGUCCACGUUAGUUGUGCCCUUUGGAUUCCUGAGGUGAGCAUUGGCAGCCCAGAAAAGAUGGAGCCUAUCACAAAGGUCUCCCAUAUUCCUAGCAGCAGAUGGGCUCUGGUAUGCAGUCUUUGCAAUGAGAAGGUUGGAGCAUCCAUACAGUGUUCUGUGAAAAACUGCCGCACAGCUUUCCACGUCACUUGUGCAUUUGACCGUGGCUUAGAAAUGAAAACCAUUCUGGCUGACAAUGAUGAAGUUAAGUUCAAGUCAUACUGCCCAAAACAUAGUUCCACCAAGAAGCCAGAUGAGGAAAACCUAAGUGAAUUCAUCAGCCAGGAGAAUGAGAAUGGAGCACAGGACAAUUCUCCUCCUGCUCAUCUUGAGCCAUUUGACAACAUGGAUCAAAACCAGGAGGAAGCCCACAGGGUGAGUGUUCGCAAGCAGAAGCUUCAACAACUGGAGGAUGAGUUCUAUGCCUUUGUCAAUGCUUCAGAAGUGGCCAAGGCUCUGCAGCUUCCAGAAGACUCUGUAGAAUUCCUGUAUCAGUACUGGAAGCUGAAGAGGAAAUCUAACUUCAACAAACCUUUGAUCACCCCAAAGAAAGAUGAGGAGGACAAUCUGGCCAAACGGGAACAGGAUGUUCUGUUCAGGAGACUACAGCUUUUCACCCAUCUUCGGCAGGAUUUAGAAAGGGUACGGAAUCUUACAUAUAUGGUGACACGGCGGGAAAAAAUUAAAAGAUCUGUUUGCAAAGUCCAGGAACAGAUUUUCAAUCUCUACACAAAUCUUGUGGAACGUGAAAGAGUUUCCGGUAUGCCCUCCUCCUUUUCUAGUAUGGAAAAUAUGGUGCUCUUCAAUAGUUCACCGUCAGGACCAGAUGCACCUAAGAUAGAGGAUCUGAAGUGGCAUUCAGCUUUCUUUAGGAAACAAAUGGGCAUGUCUUUUAGUCAUUCAUUGAAAAAGACACAGAAGAGAGAACGAAUGAGGCAUGAUGACAAACCUCUGCUGAAGCAGCCCAGCCAAAGGGAAGACCUUGCAACUCCAGCUAGCUUUUUCAGUUUUGAAAAGACCUUAGCAGAAGCACAAAUUGGAUCAGCACAACAGAAGAAUGGGGUUGUUACAGCAGACCACAGGAAGAGAAGAGACAAUCAUUCCCACUGUGAUGUGAUGAAGGUAGGACUGAAGGAGAAACCUUCCAAACACAUCCCCAAACCACUGAGAUCUAAUGAACUGUCUCAGAGACAACUGGAAAAUAAAAAGGCUGUGAACCACCCAAGUGGGAGGUCAGCGCCUGGAACCAGGAGAGAAAUGGUGCCUAAAUACAAUGGAUCCUUUUGCAAAAUAAACUAUCACCCGACUCCAGUAAAAGUGCCUACGACACCAAGAAGCCCUGUGAAAAAUUGGGGAGGAUUCCGAAUUCCAAAGAAAGGAGAGAGGCAACCGCAGGGGGAGGGGCAGGAGGAGACAUGCCGACAAAACUCUAACUACCAUUACUCGGGCUUGGGUCGCGUUUCACCGAAGGACAGGGCAAAAACAAACCUAAAGGUGGACAGUGAGAAUGACGGGUAUGCCCCUGAUGCUGAAAUGAGUGAUUCAGAAACUGAAGUGGCUGAGAACAAAUGCCGGCAGCAAAGGCUUGGUUCAAACAGCACUAUUGCUAGGAGGACAGACAUUAUUAGGCGAAGCAUCCUUGCCUCCUGACUGGAGAGUGAAACACAGUAGUAGCACUGGAGGGCGGUGAUGUUUCCAGCCUGAAAAAAAAAUCCACUCUGCAUUAUUUAUUGCUGUGACAAAGAGGAGGGUUCUUUCAGAUAUGGCUACAGAAUCAAACUGCAAACUAAUGUCCUCCCCCCCCCCCCACAGCAGAAACAUAUUUACAUGUACUUGACACUAAAGGGUUUGCCCUCUGCCUGUCCCAAUUUUUGUGAGGUUUGAACCUCCUUUAUUUGCAGCUGUCCUGCAGAAAUCAUUGGGGGAAUGACCUUGCUACUCUUACUAGAUCAAUAGGUUGAACACUUAAAAAAACUGAAUGCUUAAUAGCAAGGGGGUAGAUUUUGGGUGGGAGGGGAUAGUUGAGAUGGAUAGCACUGAGGUUUUUCCUCUUAUGUCCCUGAAAAGCACAAGCUGUUAGUAAAUAAAAUGUAUGAUGAAUUAAAUAAGGUGGUUAUUACCAUCGUGCACUGCUUAACCCACUCUAAAUUGUCACUUUUGUCAAGUUGCGCUAGGACUGAAUCCUAGUAGGCUGCAGUUUUUGUUAUCAUUGCUUUAGAAUUCAAGGGAUGUAGGCGGCUGAAAAUCUUUGUAACUGGCAGAAGGUUUUUCAUAUGUAGCCCAUCAAACAGGUAAGAAAAGGUUUAUCAUGACUACUAAAGAAAACUGAAAGGAUAGAUUAAAGCUGCCCUACAGUAAAAAAAAUAGUAGCAGGUAGUGCUAUGCAGAAGGGACCCAGACUGAAAGUGGAUGAAAAUAACUCAGCUCCCCUAACUGGGUGAGCAAAAACGUCUUAAAAAUACAUUAUUUUAUUCUGAGAAGGUUUUUAAUCUGCUGUCCCCUCCUGCCUGCCCCAGCACCUUCCCAGCUUGGAAUAUGACAGCAGUUCAAAUGGGAAAGGCUGUGGGUAUGUUUGUACUACAAAUAUAAAUAGGCUUCGCUGUUGUGGUUCUGUUCCCUUCUCCACUCAAGAAUCAUGGGAAUUGUAGUUCUAAAAUAGGUGACAAGGGUUUUUGGCAAUGCAUUAAUUAUCAGCUCCUCCCAAACUACAACUCUCAUGCUUCCUUGGGAAAAUCCAUGACAGGUUAACGGGUUGAAAUUUUGUCAUGAAGUUAUGCCCAAAUUUCUAAAAGGCACUGGUCAGUAGCCUUUCCCAAUGUGCACUAAUGGUAUGUGUUGGAUAUGCAAGUUUCUGACACACAAGGGUUACUUUAAAUAAAA